GCCGCGUUGCACAUUGCGUCGGCUGAAGGGCACAACUUGGCAUAGAACUUCAGUCAUUUAAUCACAUGCCCCGAACGCAAACUAUAUUGUUUACUUUCUUCGAUAAUUGUCACUCAAUUUUCGUACUGAUUUAAAUCCGUUCACGGUAGUUCCGUCUUUAAUUAUUUAAACCAUUGCGAGUGAGCGUAUCCGCCGUUACAGUGAUUUUAAAAUAAGCUGGGUGCGUCCGCGCUGCAACUUCGUGCGAGUCUCUGACCUCGAUUCUAGAUUACAUCUGCACUUGGCUGUCUGGAGGAUUUUGGAUAAAUCAAACAGAUGCUGCCCCAUCAAUUUGUACUGACGCUAGCAUGGCUGCCUAUAUUCACGGAGGCGGCCCGAAUUCUGGCGUUUUUCCCUUUGCCACUCAAAAGCCAUCAGUUUGUAUUCCAACCCCUUUUGAGGGGUCUGGCACAGAAAGGCCAUCACAUCACAUACGUCACGGGGAUAGAAAUGAAGGACAAGGUUAAAAAUAUCGAGGAAGUUUUAAUCGGCGAUAUUAUGUCGGAUGACGAUAACCAACUAGCAGCAGACCCAUACUCCUUCCGCCACGAUGACGCCUUCAAGAUCUCGAUAUUCCACUGGGGAUUCGGUCUGAAAAUGACCGAGACCAUUCUAGCGAACCCGAUCGUCCAAGAGUUCCUACGUCGGAAAGACGUCAAAUACGACGUCAUAAUUUCGGAAAUAUUAUUCUCUCAAGAGCCGUUCGUCGCCCUCGGGAACUUGUUCGAUGCUCCCGUCAUAGACUUCUCCUCCCAGUGCGGCACUCACUACACCCACGACGUGCUCUUCAACCCGACGCUGUUCUCCUACGUCACCGACUACAGAUCGCCCUACUCGGAUCGCAUGAGCUUGUACGAGCGUCUUCAUAACACGCUCCUCGGGUUGUUUCAAAUCUACGGCACGUAUUGGUAUGCCUUCCCUCGAGAAGAGGCACUCAUGAACGCUUACUUCAAUAGUUCCGUACCCAGAGGGACAUCUUUGAAGACUCUCCUGCACCAGAACAUAGCUGCUUCGAUUUUCAAUUCGGAUCCCGUGUUGGGCUACCCGAGACCCAUGUUCCCGCAGUCCAUCGAGGUUGGUGGCAUUUCGGUGCAUCCGAAGAAACCGUUGCCGAAGGAGCUGCAAAAGUUCAUGGAUGAAGCUAGGACGGGUGUCAUUUAUUUUAGCUUUGGAUCAAUUUUAGCUGGGGAGAAAAUGCCGAGCAAACAGAAAGCGUACUUUGUGGAGGCUUUCAAAAGACUAGAUCAGAAAGUCAUAUGGAAGUAUGAGGGCGCUUUAGACGUCGAAUUACCUCCAAAUGUGCUCCUGCAGAAAUGGCUCCCGCAAGGUGAUAUUUUAGCUCAUCCAAAUUGUCGGAUAUUUAUCACUCAUUGCGGAUAUUUAAGUCUGGUAGAAACGGUUGAUAGGGGUAUCCCGAUAAUUGGCAUCCCUUUCUUUGCGGAUCAGCCGAGAAACUGUCACAUGGCCCAAGAGAAAGGAUUUGGCGUGCAUUUAAACUUUGAUGAUCUGACACCAGAACUCAUUGUAGAUACCGUGAAUGAAAUACUAAAGAAUAAAUCGUAUUCCGAUAGUGCGAAAAGAAUAUCUUCAAUUUUCAAAGAUCGAGUGGUCUCGCCCGUCGACAAGGCAGUUCAUUUAGUCGAAUACGUCAUCCGACAUGGCGGGAAUCCAUCCUCACAAACCGGUGCGAAAGAAUUGUGGUGGUUCCAGUACUUUUUGCUAGAUGUUACAGCAAUUAUUAUUUUUAGCGUUUUAGUAUUCUUUAUGAUUAUUUAUAAAAUUUGUAGAGUCAUAUUCAAUCUUUUGACUUGUAACUCGUCUAAAAAGGCCACAAGUACAUCUAGAACCCACAGUAAAAUGUCAAAAAAAGUGAAAUAAAAUUAGAUAAUUUGUACCAAAA